UUCAUCUGUGGUAUCUGCCUUGCUUGUCAAUUAUUUGAUUCGGCUCGAAAUAGGAAUAAUUUUAUAAAAUGGAAGAAAAUAAGACUACUCAAUCCGGCGAAUAUCAAAAGUCAAACGAAGAUAAAAACCAAAAAAAGAAAAAUAAGAACAAAAAAAAGCGUAGUGGUGGUGAUGGAGAUAAUCAAGUUUCGGUGACUUCCGAUGCAUUAGCGCUACCUAAUUCAGGGGACAUCCAUCAAAAUAUUUCUUUAAAAGAUCUUAAAAUGGCAAUGGAAGUAUUAAACCUACAGCAGAAACCAGCAAAAACUACUGAAGAAGCUUUACACAAGUCGUAUCAGUUUUGGUCGACUCAACCGGUUCCAAAAAUGUACGAGAAAAUAAUUACCAACGAACCUAUUGAACCACCAAAGACUCCUGAAGAAAUACGUUCAGAACCAUAUACUUUACCUGACGGGUUUCAAUGGGAUACAUUAAAUUUAAAUGAACCGCUCGUACUAAAAGAACUUUAUACAUUGUUGAAUGAAAACUAUGUUGAAGAUGAUGAUUGCAUGUUCCGCUUUGAUUAUCAAACGGAUUUUCUGAAGUGGGCUCUCCAGCCUCCAGGUUGGAGGAUGGAUUGGCAUUGUGGCGUGCGUGUAGUUAAAUCUGGUAGAUUAGUAGGUUUUAUAUCUGCUAUUCCAGCCAAUUUAAGAAUUUAUGACCAUAUUCAGACUGUAGUAGAAAUUAACUUUUUAUGUGUUCAUAAAAAACUUCGAGCUAAGCGUGUUGCCCCUGUGCUGAUAAGGGAAAUAACAAGAAGAGUUAAUUUGACAGGAAUUUUCCAAGGUGUUUAUACAGCAGGAAUUGUGUUGCCUAAGCCAAUUGCUACUUGUCGUUACUGGCACAGGUCUUUGAAUCCUAAAAAGUUAAUUGAUAUCAAAUUCAGCCACUUAUCUAGAAAUAUGACAAUGCAAAGAACUCUUAAGCUUUUUAAACUCCCUGAUAUACCAAAGACACCAGGAUUUCGAAAAAUGGAACCAAAGGACUCUGAUAAAGUUGUUCAACUUUUAAAUAACUAUUUACUAAAAUUUGAUUUGGUGCCAAUAUUUUCAGAAGAAGAUUUUAAACAUUGGUUUGUUACCCAAUUGGGAAUUAUUGAUAGUUAUGUGGUGGAAGCUUCUGAUGGCUCUAUUACUGAUUUUGUAAGUUACUAUACACUUCCGUCCACUAUUGUUUAUCAUCCUGUACACAAAGUUCUAAAAGCAGCAUAUUCCUUUUAUAAUGUAUCUACGAAAACACCAUGGGUUGACUUGAUGCUUGAUGCAUUGAUUACUGCCAGAAAUUCUGGGUUUGAUGUUUUCAAUGCUCUUGAUCUUAUGGAUAACAAAGAAUUUCUAGAACCUCUUAAAUUUGGUAUUGGUGAUGGUAAUUUGCAAUAUUAUUUGUAUAAUUGGAGAUGUCCUAGCAUAACUCCUCACAAAAUUGGGUUAGUUCUGCAGUGAUAAAUUGGUGAUAAAUAUAUUUUAUGAGUUCACUCCUCACUUUCUUUGGUAUUUUCACAAAAUGUAGUAAGCUUUUCAUAAUUUGGAAACAUAGUUCUAGCAUUAAAAGGUCUAAUAAAUUAUAUAUUAUCCUAGAAA